CUCCGUCCUCCCUUCCUCCUGCGCCUCUGCGUCACCGUCCUUGUCGGCUAUCGGGCCACGCGAGGAUGCAGCCUGGCCCGGCCACAUCGUCGUCGUCCUCGUCUCAGGCCAUCACCACCCGGAUCUGCACCACCACCGGUGCCCCGUCGCGCACCUAUCCGCCGGGGCUGAGGAGGAAACCAGGCAGCCUCCAUCUCUCAUCUCCGGUGAGGCCUCCGAUGAGCAUCUCCGCCUCGGAUCCAAUUCCUACCCCACGAUCUCUUCUUUUGGACUCAUUUGUUUCAACAACGCUGUCUCUCCCCUCUGCAGUCCGGCGACCGUCGCCGUGCAGCUCGGCGGCAUGCGUGAUGCGGUUCAGUGCUGGUGCCGGUGCACGGGACUCCCCUACUUCUUCUCCCCACCGACGAACAUUCAACCACGCCAGUGUUUGAGCUCGCUUGCAUGUGUCGCGGCGCUUAGGUAUGGGAGCAAAGCAGCUGAUGGCGGUGCGGCAAGGAGGGUUGUUGACGCCGUCGCGGGUGUAUCAUUGAUGCUUCCCCUGACCACAGGUUGCCUCCGUCCCAUGACCAAGUGUUGUUUUCCCCCAGUAGUUUUGUUUUUUUGCUUUUGAAGAGUAUCCUUGCAGUUAACUUUGUGCUCGGUGUAAUUCGCGUGUGAGUCCGUGGACUAUAGAGCCUUUCUUUUUUAAUAUUGUUUGCAAUUCUCUAGAUGUGUGUUGCAGUGCAUUGCAUAAAUGUUUGGUAUAAACAUCUUUGAAGUUCA